CAAUCUCGAGUGAAUAUAUGUGUGUUGGACAUAACAUCGAGUCGGGCAAGGAUUUCACGGUAGACGGUCUAUCUGGUUUUAGUAAAAAGAAGAAGAAGAAACGUCGUCAUAGCUCCAGGACGAUCUUCACGUCCCAGCAGCUGGAGGAGCUGGAGGCAGCGUUCAAAGAAGCCCAUUAUCCCGACGUCUAUGCUCGCGAGAUGCUCAGCCUUAGGACGGAUCUGCCCGAAGACAGGAUACAGGUUUGGUUUCAAAAUCGGAGAGCUAAAUGGCGCAAAACUGAAAAAUGCUGGGGUAGAAGUACCAUAAUGGCGGAAUAUGGUUUAUACGGUGCGAUGGUUCGACAUUCUUUGCCACUUCCAGAGACUAUUUUGAAGAGUGCUAAAGAAAACGAAUCGGUAGCUCCAUGGUUGCUUGGGAUGCACCGAAAGUCGAUCGAAGCGGCGGAACACCUCAAAUCUGGUGGCGAGGACAGCGGAAACGACCAUAACGGGAGCGGAAGUAGCCCUCAUCAUAAUCAUCACCAGGGUGGACCUACCAGUUCCGAGAGUGGACAAGAAAGCCAAGAUGGUAUGGGGCCGUCUUCCUCGACAGGAGUCGUACAGGACACAGAACAACUAAGGAACGAGAGCAUCGCUUGCUUGAGGGCGAAAGCUCAGCAACAUCAAUUGCAACUGAGCUUGCAACCAACAGCAACUCCAACAGGCAGCUCUUAUCAGACAGGAUCGCAAUCGAGCACACUCCAUGCUACGGUUUAAUCAUUCUCGUCAAAGUUUUUCAUCUCGGUUCUCGAAAAAGAAAAAUGAAAGAAAGAAAAAAGGGUGAAGAAACAUUGACGACGACAUUAGUCCUGGACGAUUCGACUAAUCGUCGAAUAAAAGAACAAAAAAAUGGAAAAGGAAGAAGUAACAAGAAAAUAACACUACUACAUUUCCUCUCAUUCUAUAACGAACGUAAGGAAAUGACAAAAAAGAAAAUAAAAUAAGACAGAAUAAUAAAAAAACGAAGUCAAAUACGUUCGAAGAAGAAGAUCGAGAUCUCGUUAUAUGAAUCGAUCAUUAAAAUAUAUUUUCUAAUUGAUGUGAAGAUAUAUUAAUGAUACUAUAUAUAUAUG